UCGCGCACUCUCUCCUCCCACGAGACUCGGCGAUGUUCCCCUGCAGCGCGCUGCCGCCUCCGCUCUGCCCCCCGGCGGCUCUCUGCUCGCCGCUGACCCGCUGCCUGCCCGCCGGGUUCCGGGUGGAGGACCUUCUGCGGAUGAGCCAGCCCGCCUCCGGCUGCCUCCAGCGCCCGGGAGCGCGCGCCUGUCCGGGCUCGGACCGCUCUCCGGUGCCGAGCGCCUGGGCCCCCUCGGGCUUCCUCAAGUUCGGCGUCAGUGCCAUCCUGGGCCCGUCCACGCGCAGCCCGAGCUCGCCUCCUCCGGUCCAGAGCCCGCCGACCGAGUCCGUCCCGCUGCCCUUCCUGGACUCCAGUCUCCACCCCUUCAUCAGAGCGUCGUACCUGGCAGCGUCCGCGGCCGUGCUGCCGGUCCCCGGCACCUUCUCCUGGCCCCUGGCGCCGCGCGGCAGGCCCCGGCGGCGGGCCAUGCUGCGCCGCGCCGUCUUCUCGGACCUGCAGAGGAAGUGCCUGGAGAGAAGCUUCCAGAAGCAGAAGUACAUCAGCAAACCGGAGCGGAAGAAGCUGGCGGCCAAGCUGGGCCUGAAAGACUCGCAGGUGAAGAUCUGGUUCCAGAACCGCCGCAUGAAGUGGAGGAACUCCAAGGAGCGGGAGCUGCUGUCCACGGGCGGCUGUCGGCAGCAGACCCUGCCCACCAAGACCAACCCGCAGCCGGACCUCAGCGACGUCAGCGGCCGCAGGCAUCGACCCCCCCGGCCCUCGUCGGCGUCAGAGUACCAGCGCCGAGAUGAUGACGUCCAGCGCGCUCAGCACGAUGUAGACCUGGACCUGAGGCCACCCAGAGCUGCCUGCAGGGGCUGGUCUCACGAAAGCGUCGUUUCAGUGGGCGAGCUGAGCCGCGAGGACCAGGAGGAGGAGAUGAUGGUGGACAACUUCGUCAGCUUCUUCGUCGCAGGCGUCCAGAUGAAGUCGAAGGAGGCACUGGCUCCGGGUCAGAGCCUCGACAUCAAUGACAGCGGAUCGCUGGAGGGGUCGGCACCGAGCCGAGGAGUGACCCGCCCGAGGUCCCGCUCUGCAGCCAUGUGA